UUUGUCCUGUGAACUUCGUCGCGCUGGAAGGUCCUGCGGAAUUUCCACAUUUUCCCAUUUUUGGUGUGAGUGCUACGUGUUUAGCGCGCGCGUGUGUGUGUGUGUCGUGUCUGUGUAAGGGCGCCAAGUUCUUUGGCUUUAACUUUAACCACUCAGUAAACAACAACAAAGCAGAGACAUUGACAAAAAAAAAAACGAAGAGGGAAAGGACACAGGCCACAGGACAACACAGCCUGCGGUCAGGGAAACCGCAAUCAAAAAUUGUAAACAAUCUCUGGAAAUUGAGAAAAAUCAACAAAGGAAGACGACGCCGCCAAGUAGGCAACAAUUCCGCUGCUAGCCAACAUGGAAAUGGACGUUAAUCGCCCGACUGGCCGCCAUGGCAACCUAAUGACCAUAUCCGCCCGCUGCUCGAACAACAAUGCAGAUGGGCCGUUGGCCGGAAGUGAGGCGACUUCCGGUUUGGGGCCGCCGCCUCCCAGCGGCUGUUGCGGCAUCUUGAGCCGCCUCCUUUGUGUGAGCCGCCACAAGGCCACCCAAUCGGUGGCCGGCAGCGAUCCCAUCUCCCAGUUGCAACUGCAACGAAAAGGAGCCGCAUCGAGUGCAACAACAACGGCUGCGAUUUCCGGACAGCGACGCCGCAGGACGCCGCAGGAAAUCUACUUCGAGAGUCGCGGCAAGUCCUGCAAGAAGCUAUUGAAAUUCAAUGGUAAUUCGAACAAGAUAUUGCUGUAUCCCGAGGAGGGUUGGGCGCGAACCGCCUCGUCCAGUUACUGGACCAUCACGCCCUGCUUCUGGCAGCCCAAUCGCUGUCGCAUCGUCGAGUGCUCCGGAACCCAGCGGCGCGCAACGAAGGCCCGGAUGAUGCCGCUGGAGCAGCAGGGGUCUCUCCUGAUUGCCGGACACUUUCGCCGGACAACGGCGGUGGGCGGUGGAGCGGCAUCGCCGGCGGGGGGCGGGGCAGCGGGCUUUGGGGCGGUGGCUGCCACGCCCACUCCUGCAAUACCCGCCACCAGUGCGGUUCGGACGGGGUCAACGGGUUGUGACAAGUCGCUGCCCGCGUGGAACGACGAGUUCAAGCUAUAUCUCACGUCGAACAUCUCGAUGGAGGACUACAACAUGGGCUACUGCCUCACCGGAUUCGUGGAGCGCCGCUGCCAGGUGACCAACACCUUUCAGAUGACUCACUUUGCGGUCAUCAAGCGCCAGUGGCCACCGUCGCCGUCCAACCUGGGCAACUCCUAAGGCCCCCAAACCCCACUUUUGUAAUUGUGAUCCAAUCUUUUGUUUCGAAUUGGAAACGAUUGAAAUUAAAUAAGGGACUAUUGCUGUUUUCGCCUUCAAAGAGUUGGGGGGAAUUCCAAAUUUAAAAAAAAAAUUCAUUUAUUUACUUAUUAAAUAACUUAAAAUCCUUAGGGUUCAAAAACACUUAUAAUGGUUUUACAACAUUGUAUUUUAAAUGGUAAUUUUCGAUGGUUUUACAACAAAGAGUUGGAGGGAAUUCCAAAUUAAAAUUGUUUUCAUUUAUUUUUCAUUCAAUCAAUAACUUAAAGUCUUUAGCGUUUUAAAAUCACUUAUAAUGGUGAUUAAACAUAGUAUUUUAAAUGGUUAUUUUAGAUGGUUUGACUUGGAAAUACCUAUUUCUUUUAUUUUACUGCAUACUUUUGAGCACCUUUAUAAAAGAUUUCAAAACUAUAGCGAUUUCAUGUCUGCUCAAGUUUAUCAUUUGAUUUGUUUGCUUAGGAAUUUGUGGAUUCUUUAAAACUAAUUUUCUUCAAAAACGGUUAUUCUAGAAAUAUCAUCAAAGUCACAACCUUUUUGCAAUAGAAAAUAAGACAAAAGUCAUCAAGUAAAAGUAAAAUUUUUUUUAGACAUAGAAUUCGUUCAUAAUAUUUGAAUGUGAAAACAGACACAUGCCCAAAAGAUACCAUUUAAGUUUCUAGCAUUUAAGUAGAGUGAAAUGUUGUUGUGCAAUCUCGAAUUAAAAUCAAAAGAAAUUUCGAAAAAUCUAUAUAGAAAAUGUAACAUAAAUUGUCGAGGCCUCGAAAACCGAUAACCACUAGAUCAUAAAGCGUAGAAAAUUAAUGACAGAAGGGAUAAAUUAAAGGAGUAAUGCAUUUGCGCGUAAUUUUACAAAAUUCCCUGCAUGUUUAGUGCGUAAAUUGUAAUUUUAACUAAAUGUGCAAGAGAAAUUCAAACGGAAAAUAGGAAAACUAGAAAACCAAAAGAAAUACAAAAACAAAAACUUUACGUGUGCUUUCAGUGUUGUGUAAUAUGAAAAAACGGAAACAAACCGGGAAAAAAUAAGUGAAAAAAACAAAUACUAGUAACUGUUAAACGCUAAAUGAAACUAAACCGCUUUGCCAACUCACACACACACACACACACACAGUAGCACGGGCACCCACUCACACACUCGCACACUUAAGCUUGGGCAGCUACUUAAUGCUUCAAAAAAGUGCAACAAAUUGAAACUUGUGCUUGUCGAAGCAUGUGAUUGUGAGUGCUCCACUAUAAGCUGAUAUUGUAUAUUUACGAGCGUGUGUAUGCUGUGUGUGUGUGUGUGCGAGCUGGUACUCUUUUCUACUACAUACAAAUAUGUACUUUAACGGCCAUGUUUGCAAAACCUAUUGCCUUUAAGCUUUAAAAUAUAAGCACAACUCAACGCAGGCAAACAAGUCAACAGCCCCGAGCGAUGGCCAUUGGCACUAAACAGCAGUUUGAUAACAAGCUAACAUUAAAGCUAAUUAUUUAACGAGCUGUUUACGGAAGGUAAACAAGUUUGUGUUUUUAAGAUAAAUGUUUACGAACGCAUGUCAUGAUUUAAGUUAGAGUGACCUAGUUUCCAGUAGAUUGCAUGGUCACAUUGUGCACCAAACCAGCUUCUCUUAGUGGAUUGGUCACACUACGUUUGUCUUUUUCAUCAAUUAAUAAGUUAAUAAGUCUUAAAACACAAUUUAAAAACUGCUGGUUAGUGUCACUAGCCAAUUAGCUGACUAGUCCAAAACCGAGUUUGCCAACUCUACGCUAAUCUAAGGAACUAAGCCCCUAAAUCUCUCUAUCUCUCUCUCACUAACUCACCCACUGACCCACUCAUGCUACGGCUCUAUCCCUCUCAUUCACUCACUUUGAGCAUGAUACGCAACGUAUAUCAACAAUUCGUCCAAUAAUUGGAGACUUUCGGCGCCAAAUGAAAAAUUGGCAUGGCCAGAGCUCCAAUUGCCAAAAACCCUAAGUGUUGAAAAACAAUGAAAACAAAACGUAAAGAAAACCAAAGCUAAGUCAAAACUCAACGUAGCCUAAGUGAUAAGUAGUUUAAAAAUCAAUAUUUACAAGCUAGAAUAUGAAUCUAUAUAUAUUAUAUAUAUAUAUAUCUAUAUAUUUGUGUGUAGGCUGAACAUUUUUGCGUAUAUAUCGGUGUAUUUAUAUAACUGUAUUGCGAUUACAUAUACAAUAACAUUUUUGCUGUAGUUCGCAUAGCUCGCUUUUAGGCGCUUUUACACGCAAGCGAAUAAGGCCGAAAACCUCUUAACUCUCUUAUUUGCUUCAGACAGAUCUCCCCUGCCACUUUACUCCUAAACUAAUUGAUAUUUAAGUAUCAGGUACCUGCCAGAAUCAACAACAACAACCAAAUAAACAAGAAAAAUAUGAAUAUACAUAAAUAUUUAUUGAGCCAUUAUGUCUGUGCAAAUAUUUGUGUCCAUUUUAAUUAGAAGAAAAAAUGAAAAUAUGAGAAAAAAAUCGAAUUAUUUUUUAGAGAACACUGGUAAAUCGAAUUAUUCUACCCACAAACACAAGCAAAUCGAUGUCGUCUCUUUCGAAUUGUAUAAAUAUAUUUAUUAGUGUCUCUGUGUGUAGCAAAUUUUUCUGCGCCUAUGCUUAAAAAUACAAACAACAGACAGGAGUUUUUCAGCUUCAAGCCGAAUGUCCAACACUUGAAAAAAACAAACCGAACAAAAACACGCAUGAGCUUUUUUGUAGUUCUAUUUAAACAUUUUUAAAUAGCAAAAACAAGUCAAAAAGAAAAUCCCUCGCUUCGUUGGAGCAUUGGGAAUUAAUUAAUAUUAAGCUUCUAUCGAAAUAAGCGAUGUAAACGAGCAUAAUUAGUCUAAAACAGAGAUAAGAUAAAUCGGUAGAAAAAAUGGCAAGUAAAAAUAUAAAUCAAAUCAGAUGGAAAUGCAAAUUAAAAUAUAAAUCGAAAUCAAACACGUUGAUGUUAAUGCAACUGUAUAAAUCAAAAGGGAAAAAUACGUCAGCAAAUAAAAUUUGAGCCGGCAGUGGAAAUGUGUAAUGAAAAUAAAUACCCCGAAGGUUGGCACAGUGCUAUGGAAAAUGAGAAAUCAAAACAUUGAA